UUCUUUGAGUCUCACAACCUGACUAGAAAGGCAGGUCCAGCGGCGGCAGAGGCUGGCUCCCCCUUCGUAGGGAGGGCUCGAUGAGCAAGAGAUGAGUAGGACAAAGGGUGAUGAGGAGGAGUAUUGGAACAGCUCCAAGUUCAAGGCUUUCACCUUUGAUGAUGAAGAUGAUGAGCUCUCACAGCUAAAGGAGUCCAAGCGAGCAGUGAACAGCCUUCGAGACUUCGUGGAUGAUGACGACGACGAUGAUCUGGAGCGAGUCAGCUGGAGCGGGGAGCCUGUGGGAAGUAUUUCUUGGACCAUCAAAGAGACUACUAGUAAUAGUGGGUCAACCCAUGAGGGACGUGAACAGAAGAACCGAAACAGCUUUUAUACACAGCUGUCCAAACCUGCUUCUACCUACUCCUUGAGCAGCUUUUUUAAAGGCAGAACUAGACUUGGAAGUUUCCAGUCCCUUUCUGAUGCUCUGUCGGACCCACCUGCCAAAAGCUAUGCUCCAGAACUGGGGAGGCCCAAAGGAGAGUAUAGGGAUUACAGUAAUGACUGGAGCCUCAGUGACACAGUGCAACGCCUCCGGAAAGGGAAGGUCUGCUCACUAGAAAGAUUCCGCUCCUUACAGGACAAGUUACAACUCCUGGAAGAAGCAGUGAGCAUGCAUGAUGGAAAUGUCAUUACUGCAGUUCUGAUCUUCCUGAAGAGGACACUGAGCAAAGAGAUCCUCUUCCGAGAGCUGGAGGUGCGACAGGUUGCCCUGAGACAUCUCAUUCACUUCCUUAAAGAAAUAGGGGAUCACAAGCUGCUUUUAGACCUCUUCAGGUUUCUAGAUAGAACAGAAGAGCUUGCGCUAUCUCAUUAUCGAGAGCACUUGAACAUUCAAGACCCUGAGAAACGAAAAGAAUUUCUUAAGACAUGCAUUGGUUUGCCCUUUUCAGCAGAAGACUCUGCACACAUACAAGACCAUUACACACUUCUGGAACGUCAGAUCAUCAUUGAGGCAAAUGAUCGACAUCUAGAAUCAGCAGGACAGACUGAGAUCUUCCGGAAGCAUCCCCGCAAAGCUUCCAUCCUCAACAUGCCACUAGUGACAACGCUCUUCUACUCGUGCUUCUACCACUACGCGGAAGCUGAGGGGACAUUCAGCAGUCCCAUCAACCUGAAGAAGACGUUUAAGAUCCCAGACAAACAGUAUGUGCUGACGGCCCUGGCUGCUCGCGCCAAGCUUCGUGCCUGGCAUGAUGUAGAUGCCCUCUUUACCACAAAGAACUGGCUGGGCUACACCAAGAAGAGAGCACCCAUUGGCUUCCAUCGAGUUGUGGAAAUUUUGCACAAGAAUAAUGCCCCUGUUCAGAUAUUACAGGAGUAUGUCAAUCUGGUGGAAGAUGUGGACACAAAGUUGAACUUGGCCACUAAGUUCAAGUGCCAUGAUGUUGUCAUUGAUACCUACCGGGACCUGAAGGAUCGUCAGCAGUUGGUAGCAUACAGGAGUAAAGUAGAUAAAGGAUCUGCGGAGGAGGAGAAGAUUGAUGCCAUUCUCAUCAGCUCGCAAAUUCGAUGGAAGAAUUGAGUGGCAUUAGCUACCCUGAAAGGAAGCAGCCUCAUUUCUUCUUUUCUUGCCUGUGAAAGAAGAGAGAGCUCUUCUCUGAGAGAGCCACAUCAUCACCUCACUUGGG